AUGUUACGACGAUGCGUGAGAACCUUAUAUCGUUACCAGGAGUUUGAAAUGUCCAAGUGUGCAAAAUAUCCCUUUAAUUAUGCUAGGGAAGCCCCCAAUACAUCAGUGUUUCCUCAAUAUCAGUUGAACUUUUGGAUGUUCUGGGGAUGGGGCAGGCAGGAAUUAUGGAUAGAUCGUGAUACUAGGAAGUACGAGACAACAUGGGAAAUGUUCCGGCGUUUACUUUUGUGGUUUUUCCCAUGUUACUUCAUCUUCCCAUUUGGCCUGCCCAAGUGGAUUGCAACCCAAUAUCAUGGCGAAUAUGGUGAAAAACCUUUCCUAGAUUUUAAUAUGCAUUUUCCGAUGGAUAAUCAUUAUAUUGAAUGGGGAGGCAGUGUACUCGACGCUGAGUGGUUGCGGCACAUACACUCAAAGGAGUCUUAUUGA